AUGGCUGCUACUCAGGUCGCUCGCAACUCGAGCUUCGCCGGCUUUGAUGAUCCCAUCAAGAUGCCGUCCUCGCCCACAUUGCAGCCCCGUGCUCGCACCAUUUCCAACGCCGCAUCUGUGACUACGUCCUCGUCCACUGCUCCCGCUGCCUUCAACAUGCGCAAAGUCGGCCUGGACGAGAAUCAGCCGCCCCCUCCUCCCGGCUCUUCUCCUGAGGUCUUCUUCCGCUAUUACCUCGCCGUCGAGCUUCGCAAAGCUGGCACCCAGCCCAGCGAGGCUCUCCUCGACCGAUAUGUUCGCAACCACUUUGACAGCCUCUUCAAAAACAAGAAUGGCGGUGCCGCAUCUACUGCUGCUGCUGGGCCAGCCACAGCUUCCUCCUCAUCAGGUCGUCCUCACGCUCAGGCCCCUCAGCAGCCCCACGCAUCUACCUCGCAGGUCACUGUCGCUGCUGUGAUGCGACCCUCGGUCCCGCAGCCCAAGGCUGCCGCCGCUGUGGCUGCACCCGCCGUUGCCCCUGUCGAGGCUCCGCUUUCCGUCAAAGACACGACAAGUCCGCCUGAGCUUGACGCUGCCGAGUCGCCUGCCUUCUCCGGCAGCAACUACUCGCCCGUCGCUACCCCUCCCGUGCUCAACAGCAUCAACGAGGACGAUGCGCUUGUCGAUUUCUCCACCGUCUUUGGCGAGCCUAGCUCGUCACUUCUCGAGGCGCCAUCCCAAGCCCUCGGUUCGCAGCCCAUCAAGUUUGAGCAAGACGACUCGGAGAACAUGCUCGGCUUCUUCCGCAACUCGCCUUUCCGCACCACCGACUAUGAGACGGCUACCAUUGAUCCGCACGUGGUCGAGAACGUCAAUGGUGCUGCGCCCUUUUCCAUGCCUCUCGGCUCCAUCAGUCCUGCGGCCCUGGCAGCUCAUCAGAGCCAGCCAUUGACUUUCUCGACGUCGCAGCUAUCUCUCAAGCAAGACGACUCAGUCGCUCCCAUGUCCGAAGACGGCAUGUCCGAUGAUGACGAUGACAACGAUCACUCUCGUCACAGCUCGCCUGACACCAACGCAGGAGGCAGCAACAAGGCUCUCAGCCACAUUCCCAUGGCCGUUGGUGAUAUCAACUAUCUUAAGCCUGAUCCGGAGGAGUACAAGAAGCUCAGCAGCAAGGAGAAGCGUCAGCUGCGCAACAAGAUCUCGGCUCGCAACUUUAGGACGCGCAGAAAGGAGUACAUUGGUCAGCUCGAGGACCAGAUCGCUGACAGGGACACGCUCAUCGAGGGUCUUCGCCAGCAGGUGUCGCAGCUUUCGGUGGAGAACAAGGCGCUCAAGGACGAAGUCAAGACCAUCAAGGCACGAACUAUCUCGAGCCAGGAUGUCGGCAAAAUCUUGGAAGCGCUUCAGACCAUGACUUCCGCUCCCGGUGCCAACGCUGGCCUGACCAGCGGCAUCGCUUCUACGAGCGGUGUCACUUCGGGUCGUGCUAGCCCCACCCAGGAGAUGCCCCUCACGCCUGGCGCCUUCCUCAACUUUGGCGACGCUUCGUCGUCGUCGAGGCCGAGCACGCCGACGUUGGCCAUGCCGGGCUCGCCUCGAUCGCAGAGCCCGCGACCUUCGUUGCUGCGCGCCAACACCAAGAAGGACCUGGCUCCCUCGAGCAGUUUCUGGGGCGGCGUAGGAAGCGCCGUGGGUGCUAGCACAAGCUUCAUGCCUGUUUGCUAG